AUGAAACUCAGACAAAGACAAAGACAAAGACAAAGACAAAGACAAAGACAAAGACAAAGACAAAGACAAAGACAAAGACAAAGACAAAGACAAAGACAAAGACAAAGACAAAGACAAAGACAAAGACAAAGACAAAGACAAAGACAAAGACAAAGACAAAGACAAAGACAAAGACAAAGACAAAGACAAAGACAAAGACAAAGACAAAGACAAAGACAAAGACAAAGACAAAGACAAAGACAAAGACAAAGACAAAGACAAAGACAAAGACAAAGACAAAGACAAAGACAAAGACAAAGACAAAGACAAAGACAAAGACAAAGACAAAGACAAAGACAAAGACAAAGACAAAGACAAAGACAAAGACAAAGACAAAGACAAAGACAAAGACAAAGACAAAGACAAAGACAAAGACAAAGACAAAGACAAAGACAAAGACAAAGACAAAGACAAAGACAAAGACAAAGACAAAGACAAAGACAAAGACAAAGACAAAGACAAAGACAAGACAAAGACAAAGACAAAGACAAAGACAAAGACAAAGACAAAGACAAAGACAAAGACAAAGACAAAGACAAAGACAAAGACAAAGACAAAGACAAAGACAAAGACAAAGACAAAGACAAAGACAAAGACAAAGACAAAGACAAAGACAAAGACAAAGACAAAGACAAAGACAAAGACAAAGACAAAGACAAAGACAAAGACAAAGACAAAGACAAAGACAAAGACAAAGACAAAGACAAAGACAAAGACAAAGACAAAGACAAAGACAAAGACAAAGACAAAGACAAAGACAAAGACAAAGACAAAGACAAAGACAAAGACAAAGAUAAAGAUAAAGAUAAAGAUAAAAUAUUUUAUUUAAGUCUCGGGCACUUAGGUAUCUAGUAGAAAAAUUAUUAAUUUUUAUUUUGCUCUUCACCUGCCUUCUCAUACCAAAUAUACUGUGUCGUUAAUAUUACUAGCGAUCUCCCUCUGUUCUUUGUUCAGUAGCCCAUUCAAAACGCCUGGUACUUUUUUUUACAUAAAAGAAACUUUGCAAUGAAAAUUUGUGUAGGCGAUUAUAGAAAUUAAAAAAAAACAAAUCCUCUGGAACGAGACCGGAUUCGCAUUAAAAAAAGUGGACUUAUACCAAAGUAUCAUUCAGUAUGUCAAUUGCCCAAAUCAUUUAUGAUGCUGGAAAAAUAAUAUCUCGUAAUAAUAAAAAACUUUAAAAUCUUUGGUACUAUUUGGAGUUGAAUGGAUGAAGUAAAAUACAAUAU